GGCUCUUCCCUGGCUAGAACCAUACCAUUCCCCAGCUUAUCUCAUCCAAACUUGAUUCUGUAUUCCGCCCCGGCGGCCGAACUUGGCCCAUAUUCCCCAGUUUCGGUGACUGGUGUCAGCAUAACCCCAUGACUCACGGUCAGAAUUUCUAGCCGAAUCAGGAGUGGCGAUAGCACAGCGAGGCAGUUAUCUCGUUGUCGCUUUUCCUGAAUUCUCUCCCUGAACCGAGAGGUCCACACAUUGGCAAGGCUACUACAGACCAAGUUGUUCCAGUGGCUCUUUGUGUCGUGCAACCGCCAUGGCAUCCCUUAGUCCACGUCAGGGGCUAGUGCUGAUAAUGAGCUUCCUUUUAGCGAAUGCCGUUUUCGGACACUCCAUUGAAGCUGCUGGGGAUGAUUCCGGCGUCACAAACGUAGAUGUUGACAUUCCCCCGUUGGAAGAACCCCCAAUUCACAUUGCUGACGUCAGCAAGGUCCAGCGGCUUUCCUGGAAACCGCGGGCGUUCCUCUUCCCCAGCUUCCUAUCCGAUGCGGAAUGUGACUACAUUGUCAACUAUUCACGUCCCCGUAUGGAGCGGUCCACAGUGCUAAGCGACAGCGGCAAGAGCGUGCUGGAUAACAUCCGCACCAGCGACGGUUCCUUUAUUGUUAAGUACGAGAAUCCGGUCGUUCGACGCAUUGAGGAGCGAGUGGCUGCAUGGACCUUCCUCCCAAUCGAGAACCAGGAGGCAAUGCAGGUGCUGCGGUACAGAGACGGGCAGGAGUACGGGGCGCACUGGGACUACAUUGAUGAGAAAAAGGCACCUACCCCGGGUGGGCCUCGAUACGCUACAGUGCUCAUGUACCUCUCGCAUGUGGACAAAGGAGGCGAGACUGCCUUCCCUGAGUCCGAGGAGGACCCUGUAUUGAAGGAUGACUCGUGGAGUGACUGUGGGAAGAAGGGCAUUGCAACCAAACCCCGCAAGGGCGACGCUCUGCUCUUCUUCUCCCUCCAUCCCGAUGCCUCCUUCGACCGCUCCUCCCUCCAUGCCGGCUGCCCCGUGCUCGCGGGGGAGAAGUGGUCCGCCACCAAGUGGAUCCACGUGGGCUCGUUCGACCUGCCCCCGAGAGACGCCUCUGUGUGUGCAGACGAGAAUGACAACUGCGAGUACUGGACCAGUACGGGCGAGUGCGAGAAGAACAAGGAAUACAUGGUGGGGACAGGGUCGGGGCCAGAGAGGUUGGGAUUCUGCAGGAAGAGCUGCAAGGUGUGCGCAUGAGGGCUCUGUUGACUGUAGCGGCAGGGGCAGCAGCAGCAGCAGCACCAGCAGCAGUGGUAGCAGCAGCAGUCACAAUGGUAGCGGCAGCAGUCGCAGUAGCAGCAGCAGCAGCAGCAGGGGUCAGUAGCUCUGGAGCAGGACUGUGUGAUUCGACUCUAGGACUAGACAGUCACAACGCCAACUCGAAGGCCGCGUCUGAUCGGCUUUAUAUUUCUCCACUGCACAAUAUACAUGGAAGUUGCAU